GGCAACAGAACCACGAGGUCUGCCAUGAGAGGUGACUGUAUAGUUCCCUUAAACAGAACAUGUAAGGUAUUUGGACUAAGGAGUAACCGUUAGGCUCCUUUGGUCCAAUAUUGGGCAAUGUAGGCCUAUGCUAUUUAGUAACAUUUAGGAUAGUUGCAUAGAAAAAGUCAUUUCAAAUUUAGACUAGGAUACUUCUUCACUCCCCGAGGUCAGUGUUGUGAGCAAAACUAGCUAGUCGAAUUAUUAUAUCCUCGCCACGAAAAAUGGGCUGACUUUAGGACAGCGGAAAGAAAUGGCUCUGCUGUUGCCCUAGCCAUCACCUAUUGCGGGUCCUAUCCCUCGAGCGACUUGGCCUAUCAGUGCGUAUCAGCGACACAUGAACGGUGAUUUCCACGGAAUGGCUCGCGGAACAAAGAAGUCGCCCGUCGCGAAUUCCCGUAUCGGUAGAUAGAGAGAAUUCGCCGAUAAAACAGCACAGAAGAGUAAAGUUAGUGCGGCUUGGGUGAAAUAAAAUGAUUAUCUUCGACGCGUAAUAGAAAAAAAGUCCAGCGUUUUCUUAUGCUCAAGGAGAGAACUUGGCGUCGUGAGGGCUUUGUCGGUCGCAAGGCGAGGCUUUUGGCUACAUUGGCACUUGCGAGUUUCCUCUGACAGUGGACUGAGUGUCUCUGUGAGCGUCUCUCAACCUGGGACGACUGCUCUUCUGGCCACAGCGUCCAUGAGGUAACGGCGGGAAGCCCCAUACUACCCUCGCUCCAACCCCCCCCCCCCUGCAGCGAUGGGUCAGAAGAUCUCAGGCAGCAUCAAGUCAGUGGACGCACGGGGUGAGCCUUCAUACCGGCCGGUCCGCCGUGAGCUGCGGGGUCCAGACUUCUGCCGGCCUCCUCGUUUGGACCUGCUUCUGGACAUGCCCCCUGCGACCUCUGACCUGCAGCUCCACCACGCCUGGAACCCCGAAGACCGCUCGCUCAACGUCUUUGUCAAGGAGGAUGACAAGCUGACCUUCCACCGCCACCCGGUGGCCCAGAGCACCGACUGCAUCCGCGGCCAGGUGGGCUACACACGGGGGCUCCAUGUCUGGCGGAUCCACUGGCCGGUGAGACAACGAGGAACACACGCUGUUGUAGGGGUGGGCACGGCUGACGCUCUUCUACACUCUGUGGGUUACACGGCCCUGGUGGGUUCGGACUGUGAGUCGUGGGGCUGGGACUUGGGCCGGAACAGACUCUACCAUGACAGUAAGAACAGGCCGGCCUCCAACUCGGCACCAACAUACCCGUGUUUCCUGGAGGCAGACGAGUCGUUUGUUCUGCCAGAUGCCCUGCUGGUGGUGCUGGACAUGGACGAGGGCUCACUCAGCUUCAUGGUGGACGGCCAGUACCUGGGCGUGGCCUUCAGAGGGUUAAAGGGCAAGAGGCUGUACCCCAUCGUCAGCGCCGUGUGGGGACACUGUGAGGUCUCCAUCCGCUACGUCAAUGGACUGGAUCCGGAGCCCCUCCCCCUGAUGGACCUGUGCAGGCGAGUGGCCAGGCUGGCUCUGGGGCGGGACCGACUCAACCAGAUAGACACCCUCCCUCUGCCAGAGACCCUCAAGAACUACCUCCAGUACCAGUGACCCCACACAUUCACCAGGACAACGAACGACUGACUGCUUGACGGCAGCUACAUUUCACUACAGUCAACCCCCAAAAAUGUAACCCUGACCCAUUGGACAUCUACUCAGGAUAAUGAUGAUGGUCUAGAGGAAGCCUAUGAAGGAGUUCAGAGUUUCUUUUUAGGAUUUGUCAGUUUUUUUAAAUGUGUUUUUAUUUUAUUUGCUCACUGCUGUGAUGGUUGAUGGAAGGAGGGGGGUGGGCUUGAGACUGGACUGUAGCAGAAGUGUUGGGCUAUGAUGCUGACUUCUCAUUGGGUAUAUGGGUCUGUAGUGCUUCUAGAAUAUGUGCCUGGAGGAACAGGGCGUUUGGGGAUGAUGGAUAUAGACAUCAUACAUAGUUACUGUACAUCUAUACAGAUUCUCUGGAAGGCUCUCGGAACAUCUAGAUAUUUAUAUUUAGACCCUAUAGCAGGCUCCACUGAGACUCACCAGCCCCUAGCCACAGGGAGUUAGAUAUUUAUAUUUAGACCCUAUAGCAGGCUCCACUGAGACUCACCAGCCCCUAGCCACAGGGAGUUAGAGGAUGGAAAACACACAGGCAGGCAAACAUCCUUGAAUGCAUGCAUAUGCAAACACUCGCUCGUGCUCAGAGGGGCUGUUUUCAGUGUGAGUGGCGUGAGGUUUUAUGCAUGUGUGGGUUGGUGCGUAUCGGCCUUGCUCCGCAACAGGCAACCCGAGGCAUCAGUCAGACCCACUCUGACCCCACUGAGUUUGGGGACACUGCAGCCCUGAUAUAUUUUAGUGCCCUGCUGCACUACACCUCCCUCUCAACUGGCAGUCUCUUUAUUUAUCAGCGGAUUUCAUUGGAUCCAGGCUUCCAUUAGGUCUCUGUCUGGGUGAGUGACUGGGUCUGCGUCAAAUGACACCCUAUUCCCUACAUAGUGCACUACGUUUGAUCAGCCUGAUCAGGAGUGCACUACGUCGGGAUAGGGUGCCGUUGUGGACAUACCCUGGGAUGUUGUCAGUCAGUGUGUGUUAAAGCUGAUUGAAGUUGAUCAGAGGGCCAAUCCGCUAUUACUGUUUAUGUGCCUGCGCAGAGAAAGCACACGACACCUGUCACAGGAGACUGUUUUAAAAAAAUGUAUAUGCUGCUUUGUUUUUUCACUCCUCCUGUUCUUAACCCGAUGGUGAUAUUCCUCUUUUAAAUACGUUUUCUCUUUUUAUGAAUGAGGCUUUUGUUUAUUUCUAUUGUAUUAAGAUCUAUUUGCCGAACAGGAAGUGACCCGGUUGAGAGAGACUGAUCGAGGAAUGUGCUGCAAUGAGCAUCUUUUUAAAUGUGAAUUAAAAAAAACAGAACCCAA